AUGCGCAACCAACCAAACAUUAUUGUGACCGGCACACCCGGUGUAGGCAAGACAACCCAUUGCGAAAGUCUCGCCCAGAGCACUGGCCUUAAACACCUCUCCAUCAACGAUAUUGUCAAGGAGCGGGGUUGCCACGAUGGGUACGAUGAGGAGUUCAAAAGCUGGAUUGUGGACGAGGACAAGUUAUUGGAUGCGAUAGAAGACGAGGUCAAAGAGGGCGGAUAUAUCAUAGAUUGGCACGCUUGCGACUUAUUCCCCAAAAGCUGGAUUGAUCUAGUGGUUGUGCUGCGUGUGGACUCGACGCUCUUGUACGAUCGAUUGAAGGCGAGAGAUUAUCCCGAAGCAAAGCUCCAAGAGAAUCUCGACUCAGAAAUCAUGGAAGUCCUCCUGCAAGAAGCCCGCGAGUCUUACGACGAGGAGAUUGUGGUUGAGCUCACGAGCAACAACUCAGAUGAGAUGGAGAGUAAUAUCGAAAGACUCGAGGCGUGGGUCAAGCAAUGGAAGAAAGAUCACACAGAGGAUGCUCAGUAG